CGUACAAGAAGGUGGCAUUCUUUGGCUUGUGUUGUGAAGUGCAAUGUCGUCUUCGUUGGCAGACUACCGGCUGAGGGAGCAUAGGACUUCGAGGAACUUGAAGACAGAGAAUGGGAGUGGUAUCGAGGAGGAUCCACUGACUCCUAUUCAGUCUCAAAGCACCGAGAUAUACGAGAACGGCAUCGAUAGCAACCUUGGGCUGGGCCUGGAUCUGGAGCUGGCAGAUGCCCCAGAUACGGAACUCAGUGACACUUCCUCUGUAUCUUUUGAGCUAUACGACGAUAAGUUCUCUCGAGAAAAGUUGAUCUCGCAGAUUAAGCUGGAAAAUGGUACCAGGGAUAGAGGAAAAGACUUGAACAUAGGCGAGUUUCUUCUGAAGCACUACAAAUAUAGAGAGUUGGGAGAUAUCUCCGACGGGUUAGCAGAAUUGAUCAAGGGGAUCGAUGACGACUUGGUUGAACUCGUAAACGUGAACUAUUUGAGUUUCAUCAAUCUCGGGAAGUCUGUUGACGGGUCACUUGACCUGAUCCAUGAUAUCAAGAUUGACUUAUCUGACUAUUUGAAAAACUUGAAGUCUAGCAACAAGGCCAUAGAGGAAGACACAACAAAACUUGACACAUUACAGGACUCUAGAGGGCGGUUGUUGAGUUUGAGAAGCAUAGUGGAAAGGCUGAUAACGCUAAGUGAGAUGAUUGAAUGCUUCGACAAACUCUGCUCCAAGUUUGAUAAGAAUGAGGAAUGCACGGAUAUGCUUAAGGAGUUGGUGGGACUUUAUUUUGGGAUAAACAAGAUGUUUCUUAAGUUGAUACAGCAGACGAAAGACGAGAAUUUGGUGUCUUUGGCCAAUAGCGGGAUUCUGUUGGGCCUGAGUAAGAAAAUGAACGGCCUCAAACUGGAAUUCAAGAGCCUUCUAGGAAGUUACUUAACACAUUUGAGAGAUACAAAUCCUUCAAAUGAGGAGAUUUUUGAGAUUUUUAAAUUGUACCAGUUGUUGAACUUGACGGAAGAUUUCAAGAAGUCUUUGUAAAGGGAUACCUUUGUAAAGGGAUACCUUUGGCUAACUACUGACAACUUUUGUUCUGGUGUGAAUUGAGGUGUUG